UGAAAAACCCUCGCAGCACACUCUUCCUCCACCAAGAAAAUACGGUGUGAGCAGUCGAUUCAUUACUAUACUGAACCUAUCCUUACCCAACCACCAUUGCUUUAUUUACCUUGUAUAUUUAAAUCUUUUCUUAAUUCCCAAGGAAAGAGACAAUGGAAGAGGUGAAAAGAGCCGAAAAAGAUACUUCUGCGGGUCGUAAAGAGGUAAAAGACCCUUGGACGAAACAUGCCUAUUUAGGAGGGCAUAUGGUCUCUCAGCUGCCUGCAAUAUAUUCAAAUGAUAACAAGUUUUUGUUUAUUACUUAUGACACUUUUGUUGGCAUAUUUUCGUUAAUAACUGGUGAAUGCGUCAAUCGAAUUUUUUUCACGACACAAAAUAACGAUUCAACUCCGGUUGCUGUUUUGUUGUCUCCUAAAAAUGGGUUUGAACUUUAUCUUGUGUUCCGAUCCGGAUUUGUGUCUGUUCAUGAUUGGGCUACUACAGAACUUCUCCGUACUAUGGAAAUAUCAACCCGUGUACAUGCAGCCACGUUUUCUGGUAAUACUCUUUUUGCUGUUACCGAUGCUCAACCAUCAAAAUCUGGCCCUUCCAACGAGCGUUUCAUUCUCUACGCCCUUUUACCCUCCGUGUCUGAAACUUCGUCGAGCUUAAACCCUACCUUUAUCUUCAAAUUCAAUGACUUUGUCGCUCUUUCGAGCAGUCAAACGUCUUCCAAUUGUCCUACCGUGGGUGUUUUGACCAAUGACAAGGUUAUGUUUGCUGUUAAUGUUCCCAAGAAAAAGAAGCUUCAAUCUCGUUGGGAUGUCCACGAAUAUAAAUUUAAUCAACCUCAAGCGCUUACUCACAUCGCUGUCCAUGAGACUAAGGUAGCCGUGGCUGAUAGUGAAGGCCGUAUACACACCUUUUCCGAUUUCACUAGUAGCCGAGUUUCCGGCCCUCGAAUUAUGCACUGGCAUGCAAAUGCUCUUGGAGGUUUGACAUGGGCUUUAGAUGGCGAGUAUUUGGUUUCUGGUGGUCAAGAAGGCGUUUUGGUCUUGUGGACUUUGGAAACUUCACACCGUCAAUUCUUGCCUCGUUUGGGUUCUUCUAUACAUUCCAUCUCUGUCUCCAACAGUUCUGACUCUUAUGCUCUGCAUCUUGGAGAUAACUCCUUGACCGUAAUCAAAGCUGUUGACUUGACAGAACAGAUCCAUGUUCGUGGUAUCAAUCAUAUAAUUCCUAGUUUAUCCAACAAAGAAAAGUCUGAGGAUGAUAAGAAAGCAGCUUCUGAUGUCUUUAACAUUUCUACGAUUAAUAAUCAAGGUGAAAUGUUGCUUCUUUCUUCAUCUUGUUUCAACGGUCAUUUUGUAGCUUUACAGCAAUAUGACUUGAAGGCAGAUGCUUGUGUCCGCAAUUUUGAGGUUGCUCGUUACUCGUAUGGUUCUGUUUCUAAAACAGCAUCCUCUAAUAAUGAAACUGGUUACGUUUCCUCUGUAGCAGUUGCCAGUUCCAGUGAUAAUUCAUAUAUCGCCACCCUAGAUUGCUGGACAACUAAUACGCUUGAUCAACAGCAGAGGAAGAUAAAACAGACAGCUUUGAAGUUUUGGCAAUUUGAUACUGUUGCUAAAACUUGGAAGUUGAUGACUCGUAUCGAUCAGCCUCAUGACAACAACCAGGGGGUUCUAGGUCUUAUAGGCAUGACAACUGGUAACAAAUUUGUCACGUUGGGAACGGACGCGACGUUGCGUGUUUGGACUUUGAUUUCUCGAACUUGGAUUUGCUCGGCAGUUCGUCGUUUUGCUAACAUAAUAGGCCAAUCUGGUUCUUCGUUUUCUCAUGCUCUUGCAGGUUCAUUGGACGGGUCUAUUAUAGCAUUCGGUUUUGACGCUUGUGUACACUUGGUCCACAGCGAGACCCUUGAAACCAUUUUCACCAUUGAAGUUCCCCACGGUGGUCCUACUGAAAAUAUCAAGUUCCUUGGAGAGGAGUACUUGGUGAUUGUUUCUCAACGUCGUCUCAUGGUUUGGAACGUGGUUUCUAUGACAGCCCAGUGGACACUCACUGGUAAAUUUACCGGACUUUUGGCCACAAGUCAAAAGGGACAAGAAUUUGCUGUAGUGGAUACCAAUUCCUCGUAUUCUCGUUUGUUGAUUUUUGCUAGUGAUUAUCCAAACUUACUUUCCUUGCAUAUAUAUAAGAAUUCCCCACUGGCCUUACAUUUUGCUCAUGGUGCUUUUCUCCUCCUUGAUGAUAAAUCUGCUUUGCAUGCCUAUGGUGGCACAUUGACUAGUAAGGUUCCUGUUUCUAAGUCACCUGUAAUCGAACCAACGAGAUCCUUGUUAGGUGACUUUAGGUACGGUGUUUCAGCCGUCGUCAAGUCGAAUAAGAAUACGGCCAAUGUUGAACCCAUUUAUAAGCGUCUCACUGCUAGUAUGAUUCACAAUUUGUUCAAUCUGCCUUCCACGUCUUCUGUAGAUAUGGAGAAAAUGUACGACGACUUUUCACAAUUGGCAGUAGGCGAACCUCUUGGUUCUCUAGGCAGUAAGGUUGCAUCGAUGUCUUCAAAUUAAAAAGGGAAGAAGAAGAUAAUAAUACAAAGGAAACUGGCUUAAUGUUGAUAAACGUAUGAAUGUGAUGUGCCGUACUAUUGAAAACUGGAUAUCUUUUUAAAAUAUGUGUCUUUUCAUAUAUAAAUAGGAUAACUUGUACAACAACGACGUGUCAGAAACUUACUGGAGAAAAACUAGUUCUAUUUUUUUCUUUUACGUCAAUUGCUGUACACUAUCCUACCAAUGUGUUUAAACACGGGGUUCUCUUGGUUAUGGAUAUUGGUUUUAUAGGUUUUUUGUUUAACUAUAUAUAGAUUUGUGAUAAUAAGAAAAUUUAGUAAUUAUGGAUUACGGAUAAGAGAUCCAAAAGAAAGAAUACUAUUUUUGCACUACAGAAUACAAGGAUACUACCAUACUUAUGUUGUUUGUUU